GUCAGACGGUCGUUGGUUGCCAGUUGAGCAAUACGCGCGCGUGUGACCUGCGGCACGACAUUCCGCGAGUGUUUCGUAUGUGUUUUUUUUUUGUGUUCUGCGUGUUCAUUGAUCAUUUGAACUAUUAUUGUUUCAAGAAGCAGAUAGUGACUAAGAGAGUGGCGGACGGAUCAGAGCAUCCAGAUAUCGAUUCCGGUAUAGCAGAGACGUAGAGCCAUUGAUCGAUCGAUCGGUUUGAUGACGAAUGCGCCGCGGAUGGCUUCGAAACGUUCCGUUCCGGCUGGAUCGUUUUCAUUCACCAGCUCGCCGCGCUGCUGUUGGCUGCACCCUAUCCGCCCGAAAGCCCAAAACGAGCCGCAGCGGCGAUGGUGCGCGUUUCAUAACGUUACGGCACAAUGAUCACGGUUCUCGACAACAACGACGACGAAGUUGGUGUAUGUGUGUGUGUUUGUGCGCGCGACCGUGUGCAUGUGAGACCGACUAGUGCGUCGCGGUUUGAUCGUCAAAGAGGGAUCAGCUCGGGUGACUCUGCUGCCUGAACAAUCAUCCCGGAACAGGUUGCAAAACCGUCGACUGGGGCAGUAAAACCGAAAAAAAGAGGGCUCACAACGCCUGUGUGUGGCUGUGGUUCACUCGCUGGCAUUCGUGGAAAAACGAUUGUUUAUCGUAGCGUGAAUUGUUUUCAGAAAAAAACCCAGCACUGAUCUUUCCUGUGUACAGCCAUUGUUGAGUGAGAAAAACACAAGGUUAUGGGCUCUGCCGGCUUCCGAAGGGAAAAGCGUUUCGUUGUUGUUGUUGUUGUUAUUGAUGUAUUGUAAUCGGAAUUAGAUAAAACUAAAAGCCUUCGGCAGGGUGGCAUGAUAACGCUGGGAUGCUGCUGCAGUGGGUGGGGGGUUGUUGCUUGAGCUGGGAAAAUUAGAUGAUUGUCAUUAAUUGAAUUUGUGAUUGUGAGAAACGUAAAGUGCUGAGUGAGACGGAAAUUAUUCCACCGUGGCGAGAAACGGUCAUAAAUCCAUCUUGGCACACAUACACAUACACACACACAGCGCAGCCCAAGUGGAAGCUGCAUGGCGAAAAAUCUCCGAAGAGGAAGAUCGAGUGGAUUGGUGUUAUCGUGUUUCUCGUUGGUUCUCUUAUACAAAUUCGCGUGAUUAUAGUCCAAUCUAGAAACGUUUAAUGAUAAUAGUAAGAGAAAAUCCAACCGGGGAGAGUGGAAUUUGGCGUGGCAAGUGGAUUCAGCUUCGGUGUUUUGCGACGAUAGAGUUCACGCUAAAACGAUAAGACAAGUGCACCAGAACAUGCCCCAAGUGGCGUCGAUUGCAGCUGACUAAUGCCGUCUGUUUAGUUACUGUACGUGUGGUGAAAACAAAAAGUUUUGUUUCUAUUCCAAGAAGAAAAAAAUUAUGAUUCCAUUGUGAAAUGGAAUUUCUAGAGGAUUAUAAGUCAUUUCAUUUCUACUCGAUUUCGGCCAGGAUUUUGCGUUACGUGGAUGUGAUUUCUGAAUGGUAUGUUCCCACUGCCGCGAUGACGCUUUAGUUGAGCCAGAGAGUGACCUGUGCACACUGGGCUCGCGACCUGGUAUGGAGUGUGUGCCAUUGAGAUCUCCAGCAGACCCGUAUCACUAUCAUCACGUCACCGAUCAAACAAAGUCAUUACAGGAAUUGCAGAAUGAAGUCGGCGCUCUAUUGGAAUUCCGUGAUCUGGUUAUCGAGACAUUUCCCGAUCUUAAAACGAAGAUGGCAUCGUCUACUGCCAACAGCACACUCACCGGGAUCCCGUCAUCAUCACUGGCGUCCAGACGCGAGUGGGAGCCCGGGAUACGGUCCCGGCGGAAACUGACCCAGAAGGACGCGUCCGCCGAAAUUCACCAGCACUCGUCGUCGCUGACUACUCGCAGCAGGAGUAACUCACACAGCGGCAAGAAGGAACCAAAGAGCGGUGAGGGCAACAACGGUAGCGUGGUACAGGAUUCGGGAUUCUCCACCGAGACGUCCUCGUCGAAGGAGACACACAGUGCCUCGUCGACGAGUGGUGGCGUGCAGGGAACGAUCGUAUCAAAUACAACCAAUCGAUUAACUGUAGAUACCGAAGAUGAACUGUGGAAUUUGCUAGAUGUGAUACAUAGGAAAAGCAAUCGACUUCGGGAGGAGGUGGACGCGCUGCAGCAGCUGGAGCGGGAAAAAUGUCGAACCAAUCAGCUAAACAAUAAUCACACGAACGUGGUCGUCGUGGGCAGUACUAGUAGCGGUAGUAAUAGUAGUAGCAAUAAUAGUAAUCUUAUCAGUACGCAUCAUAGUAGUAGCGGCAACCUUCUGCACCACACGCACCAGCCGCCGGGUGCCUCAAGUGCCACCAGUGUCCCAGCAGCAGCCGGCGGCAGCGGCAGCCUAGCGAAAUCCUUUCAAACGCAACUCCUAGUGGACGCUGUAAAUAAGGACGAUGUACAAAUUCUACGCAAGGAGCGGGACCGACUGUUCGACAAGCUGUCCGAGUACGAGGCGGAAGCGAUCGCGAGCCGGAUACGGGCAUCCAAGAUGCAGGACGAGGUGGACGCGUUGGCGUCCGCCAAGCAAGAGCUCGAAAAUCAGCUGAAGGCGGCCCUAAGUCAAAAACUAGAACUUAACAGUAAGAUUCAUGAUCUCCACCAGCAGUUUGUAAAUAAAAGUGCGCCUAGUUCUCCCGAGUCAAUCAAAAGCCGCCUCCCGCUGACGCCCGCCGGCUUCCGGAAGCAUUCGUCGACUGAUUCCAAUACCACCACGAUCAUCGCGAUAUCAUCCCAUCUGUCAUCGUCGCCGUCAUCGUCGGCGGCAGUGACGACGACAUCUUCCGGUGGUGUACUGAAAACCCGCUUCAAUCAAUCAAGCUUCGCACCGGUCAAGAGUGUUAGCAGUACGAAAAUCUCCGUCCCGGUGGUGCCGUCGGCUGUGAUGGCCGGUCCCGUUGACAAAGCUGACCUCCUGCUAGAUACGGGUAGUCCUACGGCAACGACAGUGUCUUCGUCGUCAUCGUCGUCGUCUCCCUCAUCGACGGCGGCUACCUCCAGUGGGGACGAUAUCAACAAUCCGGCUGCAGCAAGGAACGGUGUUACACCCACGCUUGGUAAGCUAGAUGGGCUAAUCAGCACACCGGCGCGGCUUACUAAAGUGCGUAUGACUGACUCCAAGAAAAUCGCCGCCAUCCUGUUGGAGACGAACAUCGUGGAACUGCAGAGACACCUGCUCACCAUCACCGUGCAAAAUCAGGUUCUUCAGCAGCGACUAGACCAUGCUACCCGGUCACGAAUUUUUCUCAGCAAAAAACUGGACAAAUCCAAGGAGGAUAUUGACGAUCUGAAAUUUCGGCUAGAGGAAAAAACCAUCGAGCUGGAGGGCACGAAAGCGCAGCUGCGAGUUCUGGAGUCCAAGCAGAGCGGCGGUGGUAAGUCAUCGGCGGCGACCGGUUUCAGUUCGGAGCACAGCAGCACUACGGGCGGUGUGAUAUCGAGUACGGGGAAAAGUGGCUGCAAUGUUACCGUAGUGUCCACAUCGGCCCGUGGCAUCGUCAGUCAUCAUCAGCCCCGAACCGCUUCUACCUCUGCGGAACUGGUUCAGCCCCAGUCGCCCGUUCAUCAGCAUCUCCAUCACCACCACAGCCAGCAGCAGCAGCAACGUGAUUUGGCGCUGCGAUUGCAGCAAUCCUCGCAGGUUUCCACGCCCAGCAUGAAGGCGAUGGUUCCGCUGGCGAUGGACGAGAUGUUGCACCACAGCAGCAGCACGGAGUCGGCUCAGGAUCAAGCGGAACGAGACUCGGCCAGUAGAUUACAGUGUCCGGAAACGCCGCGACGGAGGCCGAGCAAAAUUCCACUACCGGGGACGAAGGGCUAUGUGGCCCCGAAACCUCCGACCGGUAGAAAUUUUGUGGCCGCCUCACAGCAGCAUUCCCGGCAGGAGAAAAACUCCCCCUCCCCGUCCGGCUCGCUAACCAACAAAUCACUGAACAAGAGCACCGGUAGUCUCUACAUCAAAUCGACCGGGCCAAGUUCAAUUACCAGUGCGGCGAGCAAGGACAAGAAAGACACCAGUCUAAACCGUCCGGAGUCGGCUCAAAGCUGGCGCCGGGAUGCGUCUCUCGAGAAAAGUCGUAGUUCCUCAAUACCGGUUUCGAAAGGUUCACCCGUGGCCAAACAAGUCCAGCAUGUGGUGAGUAAUUCGCCCCUGCCGAAAGCGAAGCGGGACUCCCUAACGACGCGCGUGAAGAAUCUGGAUUCGCUUUCGCGACUUCAGACGGCUUCCGCUUCGACGGGCAAUCUAAGCAAAUCGAGCUCGAAGAAAGACCUAAGCUCGAGUUUCACCACCGGUCAGCUGCGCGAUCGGAAGCAAAGUGCCAGUGCGAUUCGUCGCGUUAGCAGUGCCUCCAUCGGACGCAGUUCGUCCAUCGAACAGAACAAUAACAACAGCAACGGUUCAUCGUCGAGUUCGGCAGUGGCUGCCGGAGCGGCGGUCAAUGACGGUGGCACCGAUGGCGGCAAGGCCCGAAGAACCAAAACGUUCCGCCUGGAAAAGCCUACUCUGAUGCUCCCGCUAGAGGUCACCGUCGGCACUACCAGCACAAAGAAGAAAACACCCGGUCUCUAUUACACUAACUCUAAAUUCGUCAACGGCAACAGCAGCAGCAACAGCAGCAACAACAACAGUAAAAAUAUCAGCAACAAUAACAUUCUUCCGAUGGUGGUUGUUCCACCCCGUUUAAGGCCUUUAACCCAAACGCGAGUUUCCGUCGUAACUGCGUCGUCCUCUCCGGUUCCAAGUAACACCAUUCCGAGCUUGUCAUCGCCAUGCUCCUCCUCCUCGUCCUCCUCGUCGAGUACAUCCGCUGAAUCAUCCCCUUCCUCAGUGACUACGGUCACCACAGUCGAGUCACACUCUUCCUCGGGUCCCGUACCCUCAUCACGGGGUUUGAUCGGGGAAUACCUAGCGGCGAAAUCCCGCUCUCAACAGCAACAGGUCCCUCCGCCAAUUUUCAGCCCGACGGUGACUUCGACCAGUAGACCGGCAGACGACGAACCGCAGGAUCCGUCCGAGCUGGACAUGGCCUAUAAGCAUCCGAUCCUGCUGAUGGAUGACGACGACCCGAAGUACUGCAGUGUGGUGUCCAGCGUGGGUAACGAGCGGAACCGCGAGGUGGAGGUGAAGUUUGUAGAGGACAACUCGAUCGAACUGUUGGAUGCGACGAAAGAUGUGGCAGAAGAUGACGGCGAAGAGGUGGAAUCGUUGAUUGUGCCGAAGCCGAAGAUGAUUGCGUUCCGAUCGCCGCCCAAGGUGGGCAGUCCGGUUCGGUCGUCCGGUGGGUUGACUGAGGAAGAUGACGAUCGUCGUCGCAAGUGUCGCCUGGUGGGGAAGGUUAAUCCUAAUAUUCUAAAAACGUGGGAACAACUGAGCGGAGGAGGAGGAGGCAAGGAAUGCUCCACGGAUCGCAGGCGGAAAAACAGCUUGAUAACGGUGACAUCGUCGGAGAACAGCGGCGAUAAGCAGAGCUGCUUGAUCUUCUACCGCAAUCAGUUCAAUGUGGGUGAGGACGAGGGUGAUUUUACGGUUAAUCGGAUUCGGCACAGCGGGACGCUGUCCGCUAGUUCCGGUGGUGGUGGCGGUGAUGGAAUGAUAACGACAACAACCGCUACGGUUUCAAUGGUUACCUCAUCCACUACGACGGAAACCAGCUCCGAGGGUUGCUAUGAUUUUUAUGACAGCAUCGACGCCGGCCAUGAUGGCAAUCGGAUGCGGGGCCUCGAGGGGCACAACGACGAUGAUGACGAUGAGGAGUACGAUCUGCUGGCGGCCGCCGGUGAAGGGCUGGCCGAUUUUAGCUCACUGGACCGGAAAAAGCUCAUGUGGUCAAUCGAUGUAGAAUGAGGGUGUGCCGGGUGGGUGUCUGUGCGAAUUUGUUGCAGUUUCACGAAAGCAAUCAGUAUUGAUGACAGUAUGACCGAGGGGGAGUUAUUUUUUAUGUUAUGUUAUUUUUUUGUUUGUUGAAUAGACUGACUUAUUGAUCGUAUUUAUUCAGAAGGAAUUGAUAGGUGUAAGAGGGAAUCCUGGGUGUUUCAUCAAAAUAUUACUGGGAGUUCGGAGGCAAUAGAAUUUGUAUUAAUACGCGCGAAUUCUAGUCAAUCUAUGAUUUUGCUGUUGAGCGAUUUCAAGCAAACUUGUUUAUGAAGUUGGUAACGCCCUUGUGAGUUUUUUCGAUUUCAAUUAUGCAAAGAUGCCUAAAUUACUGAUGUCACCAAACUCACAAGAUUUCCCAGAAAUUGGAAAAGGUUGCUUUCAACACCUUGGUGGAAAAUCCUUCUGUUUCAUUAUUAGUGCAAGCAAAUCCUGACAUUUUGCGUGUCUCUGCAGGAACUUGGCAGAAAAUCGCAGUGAUUAAUAUAAUUUAUUAAAAAUUCAUUUUUUUCUGUUGGUAGAAAUUCUUACACCGAAAAGGUUCGACCUGCAGACCUCUAGUAGGCGCUGACCGUGUGUCUUAAUCAUCAACAAUAAAAACCCUACAAAGAGCCAAUAAAAUGUCAACCAAUACCAUAACAACAAAAUCCGUCAUUUGCUCAAUAUCGAUUUGAUCGAAGCAAAUCGCCGAAUUGCAGCGUGUGCAUUAACGAGUAUUUUUUUAAAGAAUAGAGAAAAAGAGAUAUUUGCACAAAACAGUGAAAUUAUCUUUAUUUUUGAUAACAUUUAACUAAUUAUAGAACACACACAAAAAAAAGUGAAAAGAUACAUUCCAAAUCAAGAGGGGAAAAGAAGGUGAGAAGCGAAGUCAGAUUUUAAAACAAACCACACACACGAAAGCAUAGUUUUUUAAAAAGCUACUCAAUCAGAUUUUCCGAUCAACUUCCAAGACUUGAUUGCAGAUUCCGUACUGCGUCCCUCCUACAUAGAGAGAAAGAGGGCUUUCGUAUAAACCAAGGCUAAGGUAAACACUCUCUUUUAGAAAAAACGAAUAACUUUCCUUGCAUUAUAGACUAUCCUUAAACUCAUCGGAAUGACCCUCCGCCGUACCGCAUGAACCCGAGGCAGCCGUCUCCUGCGGUUGAAUUUUGCAACUGUGAUACUCAAAAUUAUCAAAAUCAAACCAAAAAUCAAAUCAAGAACCUCUAGAAAAAUCUUUGGAAAGCUGGAUAGCGUGUGAGCGCAGGAUGAUCGGAUUUGCGGUACGGGGGACACAUUUCUACUCUACUUACUAUUGGGGUCAAACUGCUAUAACCUAGUGAAGCGAUUAUUAUCAUCAUAACCUUCAUCAUAAUCAUCCACCCUUAGCGAGUAGUAAAUUAUUAUCGGUACUGAUAAAGGAAAGAUAUACCAUCAUCAAACUGUGCGGAAGGUUGCGAAAUAUUGAAAAAAAAAUACCUUAAAGAAAAUUCACGAAAGAAGAAGAAGCAACUACAUACACAUACACACACACUACUGAAUGCUGAAUUAAAAACAAAACAAAACCAACUACUACAACUGCUAUUAUUCAAUUUCAUUAUGUUAUAAAUAUGUGUAAAUACUAUGAGAAGUAAACAAAAAAACAACAAACGUUAGCCACAGCGUGCGGGAAUUGUAGGAAGUGAACAAAUCUGUUUGAUAUAAUAAUAGUAACUAUUAUUAUUAAUACUAUAAUUAUUAUGAAAUAUUAUUAUUUGAAAAAUAUAAAAAAGUGAAAACAUGUUAUAUAUUUCAACUAAAUUAAACAACAAAAUAAAAUGCAGAAGAAAGUGAUUCAUUA